AUGGACUUUUUCUAUACAAAGCUGAUGGGCAACGGUACAGUUGCACUGAAAUUCCGUUUCAGUGACCAAACAAGUAAAAUGAUUUCCAAAGCAGAUGUUGAAGCCAUUCAACCUCAUGAUCCUUCCUUAUCGACGUCCUCAUCGUCAACCUCGUCAUCUUCUAAUUCAUCCCCCUUAGUCACCAGUACUUUAUCACCUGUUCCAUCGACUAAAACCUUCCCUAAAUCCACCUCGUAUGUUGCUGCCAGAUCAUCCAGCUUAAGAACGUCAGAUAUGACUGGCAUAAGUUCAAGAUCAAUACCUCUGAUGCAGCAACUCGUGGCUGCUGCCCAGAGUUCGUCAUCGACAACAUCCGAACCGGAAGAACAACCCACCAGCAAGACAGCAUUAACAGAAGUACCCUCAAGUGAUAAAGCAACGUAUGAUGGCAAUGUAUCACUGAGUACCACCCAUACAAAUUCCCAGGAAGAUAACGAUGAUGAAGAAGAAGAAGCCGAUGUUGAUAUGGAGUGCGCAAACAACAGUAUUAACAAUAAUGACUCCUCACAAAUUGCAGCUAAUAAUUGUACUCGAUGUUACAGGUUGAAGAAGAAGUGCACAAGAGCCUUACCCAAAUGCUCCAACUGUACCAAAUCUGGAGCUGAUUGUGAGUAUGUUAUGAGAACUAAGAAGAGAAGAAGAAAGAUUACUUUCCGAAUAGUCAAUGACCAAUUAGAAGGUGAACCAAGACCUACAACUGGAAUAUUUCCUCUAGUUACCGAACCAACCUCAGGUCCUUCAACUUUAUUUAGUGCAUUUGGUGAUGGUGGUGGAUCAACCACAAUUUCUCUUAGUGAACCCACUGCUACAAAAGAUAAAUUGGUAACUGUUUCCUCCAUGUUGACCAACACUAAUGACCCCUCCUCUGCUGUUAGAAAACCAUCUACUUCAGUUUCUCAUAAAAGAAACGUUUCCGACAAUGUCACAGGAGGACCAGUUUUAAGACCAAAGUCAAAGGGAAGAGAAGAUACACCUCUUCUGGUGUUAGGUAGAAUCUUCAAGAAUAAGGCUGCAACAAUCGAGAACAACCAAGCUUCUUCUGUUAUUCAAGACGAAUUUAUUACCAUGAAUUCCUUCUUGGGCGAAACCAGUCUUCCCCAGAUAUUUGUGGUUAACUAUUUCUACAAUUACUGUUUGAAAUAUCCCUUUAUGAAUGAAGAGGAGUUCAUGACCAAGUUCAGAAACAUCAACUUCUCUAAGGAAUGCAUUGUCCCAUUGGAUGUUUAUUUGGUAAUGGCCAUUGGAGCACUUGUGUAUGAUGUUCAAAGGGGAUCCAAGUACUUUGGCAAAUACUUCAAUGAAAGACAAAUUGAAAACAUCAUUGAUGUUAUCAACGUGAACUUGGAUGAGACUUCAAAGGAAUUGGAACUUGAAAGCAAUAUUGUUGUUCUUCUUUUGCUAGCUAUUUAUGGGUUAAUUGUAAACCACAAGAUGCUUUGGGAUUUAAUAGGGAUCUUGGAUCGGGUGGUAGUGCAAUCAGAAUUGUACAAGGAGUCCGAGUCCCGAUAUAAUAACGUAUUGAUUCAACGGCUUUAUUGGACUGUGUUCAAUCUUGAUAUUGAGAUAAGUUUGAUAAGGGACAAAAUGCCCCAACUUCCCACCCAUCGACAAUGGACUAUACCAUUUACUGAGUCCCUUUACCCGAAAGAGAACUUGGAGUUGGUAAAUCUUCAAAUGGAAAUGUAUGAGAUUGUUCUGCAAAUAGUGGACCUUAAAUCAAGAAGGUCUGUGGGUAAAGUGACCCCUGAGCAGGUCACCGAUCUGUUGAAUAGUUUGCUGAAGUCGCUAGAUAAAUGGAGAAAGAAUAUAGUGGCUAUUUAUCAUACGGAACUGGCAACUAAAACUUAUUUGGAAGAAUGUGUUGCAGUUUGCAAUUUAAAUUAUUAUUUCCUUUUAAUUGAAAUUGAUCAAAUGUCUUCCAGUGAAUCGUUACAAUUCACCCUACAAUUUUUGGCUAACCUGUUCACUCUUAUGAUGAAUGAACUGGUAGUUGCACAAACUCCUUUACCCCCAAGAGAACCACGCAGACCACCGAAUAUUCUUCCCCCCUCACCAACGGAGCAAGAUGAUGGAAGUCACGACAAUGAACGUUCUGAUGCCACUGGCACCAAUGCUUCUCAGAUCCUCAAGUUCACUAACGACAUAGCCUCUUCCAACUUGAUAGUCAUGUUGUGCCAUCACAAGAUGUACAAAGUCAUUAGAUGCUCAUUAAAGUCAUUAGUACGCAUUUUAGAGGGCACCAUGAAAGAUAAACUGAGCUGUACAAACCAGAUGUUUGGCAUUGAAGAGUUAAGACUAAGCGAAUUCUCUCUGAACUUACAACUAAUGAUAAAUCUACUAAAGUGCAUCAUGAAUAGAGUUCCAGAUAAUGAUAGCAUUCAAUUGUGUCUUGCUACACUUUUGAAGGUGAAUGAAAGAUUAUUGAAGUUGGAGCCAAUUGGUGAAUGCCCUGCAAGAGAUGCACUCAAGCAGGAAUUGGCAGGUAUUGUGAAAGAUAACAUGAAGUUAUUCAAUUAUUAG